CUCCAUUCAGCAGCGGCGGCGCGGUCUCGUGAUUCUUAGUUCCCAUCUGAGAGCAAUAUGGCUACCUUCAGCAAAUCUAUUCCGCAUAGCUGCUAUGAAAUCGGGCAUACAUGGGAACCUUCUUGUCUUGUGUCAUUUUACCAGAUCACUCGUGGAGCUCUAGAUGAAGCUUUUAAAAUCUAUGCACCAUUGUAUGUUAUUGCAGCCAUUCUUAGACGUCGAAAGUUGGAGUACUAUGUUUACAAAUUAUUCCCAGAGAUCCUGCAGUCUGCAUCGUUUCUUACAGCUAAUGGUGGCUUAUACAUUGCAUUCUUCUGCAUUUUGAGGAGGCUGUUUGGAAAAUUUUAUUUCUUGAAUCCUGGAUUUCUUUCUGCUUUACCUGCUUCUUACCUGGCCAUCCUCAUUGAGAGGAAAAGCAGGAGGGGUUUGUUGACAAUUUACAUGGCUAACUUGGCCUCAGAAGCAAUAUUCCGAAUGUUUGUUUCAAGAGGCAUCAUUCGACCAAUAAAACAUGGAGAGGUCCUGUUGUUUUGUGUUACUGCAGCGUUAUACAUGUUCUUCUUUAGGUGCAAAGAUGGCCUGAAAGGUUUUGCAUUUUCAGCACUAAAAUUUAUUGUUGGGAAAGAAGAGAUUCCAACUCAUUCAUUUCUCCCAGAAUUGGUUUAUGCAAAAGCAUCUGAGAAGAGCAGUGUGACACUGGAAAAAGAUGUACCUCCUUCCAGAAGACGUAGGAUAUCAGUCAUUGAUAUAGCAAAGAAACUGGCAGAUACAAUAUGCAGAUAUGGACCAAGGCAUAGAUGCUGUAAACACUAUGAAGAUAACUGUAUUUCCUAUUGUAUUAAAGGUUUUGUUCGAAUGUUUAGCGUUGGUUAUCUGAUUCAAUGCUGCCUUCGAAUGCCAUCAGCUUUUAGACACCUGUUUACCAAACCAACCCGGUUACUAUCUUUAUUUUAUAACAAAGAGAACUUUCAGCUUGGAGCCUUCUUAGGAUCUUUUGUCAGCAUUUACAAGGGUACAAGCUGCAUCCUGCGAUGGCUGAGAAACUUGGAUGAUGAGCUUCAUGCACUAAUAGCUGGGUUUCUGGCUGGCCUGUCCAUGAUGUUCUACAAAAGCACUACUAUCUCCAUGUAUUUAGCAUCCAAACUUGUAGAGACCAUGUACUUCAAGGGCAUUGAUGCAGGAAAAUGUCCUUACAUUCCUCAGGCAGACACCAUUAUCUAUGCUGUCUCUACAGCCAUCUGCUUUCAAGCAGCUGUGAUGGAAGUCCAUAACCUGAGACCUUCUUACUGGAAAUUCCUCUUAAGACUGACAAAAGGACGAUUUGCACUGAUGAACAGAACAGCACUGGAUGUCUUUGGUUCAGAAGCCUCAAAGUCAUUUAAUGGAUUUAUCCCUAAACUGGAUCCAAGAUAUACUGUAGUAAAGCCAGAACUACCCAUUGACCUGUCCUGAAAAUACAUUAUCCCUGGGAUAAAGCUGAACAGGCUCAUUAUUUACUUCCAUCUCUAAGAAAUUCAUUCCCCUAUACGGUACCUUUGUGGAGGAAAAAACAUUGUACUCUGUAUAGGGUUGCAUCACUGAAACAUGAUUACAAAUGACUGCAGGAAUCUGAGAUUUCUAGGAAUAUACAGAGGAAUAAUUAAGUCUUCUUCAAAGAGGAAUAUGUGAAACUGAAAACAACGAAAAGGUUCAGAGCAAACUAGAUUCCUGCUUUUGUUUUAAAGAUUUAACUGUGUACAAUCUAAAAAUUUACAAAUAGAAUGACGAUAACUUUAUGAAUGUUUUAAUCUUAUUUUAACUGCACAACCAUAUCCGUGCAGAAGUCUUUGUUAAGCUGGUUGCAAUCAGAAAGGUGAUAUAAAUACUCAAUUAAUUAUUGUUCGAACGUAAAGCACAGAAUUGCACAUUAGCCUUUGUCAUCUUUCUCCUGUUCUGUUUCAUCCAUAGCACACUAACACCAGCCCUGCAUUGUACACAUUGUCACAUUUCUUGUACUUAUUUUUCUUUUAAUCAAGGUUUCUUCCAUUUGUGCAUUAUAAUAGCACAUAACAUGCAUCAGACUAGCACUUUCUUUGUGUAUGUUUUUUUUCUUAAAGUAAUUUCUGAUAUAGUUUCAGAUAAAUAUAUAUGGUAUCCCGGAAGUUCUCUUCAUGGGUGUUGUGCCGUGCAUGUUUAGUACCCAGAAAUCAAAAGUAAAAGGGAGACGUUUGAGUUUCUGAAGGACAGCACAAAGAUCACAGCUCUGCUGUAUCUGUCAAGAGUACUCCCUUGCAUCACUAAAAUAUAAUGUAUCAUGACUUUUUUUUUUAACUAUCACAGCUUGUAGGGAUCUAUUUUUUAAGAUGAAUGGCUGUUUAAAAAAAUAAUUGUAACUUGUUUCAUCAGAGUGGAUAAUUUAUUGAAUUAUUGCCUCUCAUCAGAAUGUAGUGGUCUUAAAGCAUUGCUGUUCCUCUUAAUAGUAAAUCUUUUUUAAUAUUCCUUAAUUUGUUGUUUACAUUGGUGAGCUUUGUGCAUUUCAGUGGAUGGUUCUUCAUUUCAGUGGGACCCAGUUCCUGUGAUUCAGAGUUGAUGAUUCAGAAAACUUUUUUGUUGUCCCAUCUCAUGUUAAGCCCUUUCCUCGUCUUUUUUAUAGUGUGAUGUACUGUCAAGAACAAAAAUAACUUGAGGUAUCUACAAGAGGCACUUUAAUUAAUAAAACAGCAUUUCUUUAUGCUUCUGUGGUCACAUCAAAACCCUACAAUUUUGUAGAUCACGGAAAGGAAAACAAACUACUCAGUUUUAGACUUCAUAGUUUCAUUGUGUGGCUUCAAAAAAAAAAUGAUGCCCCAUAAUUUAAAGUGAGACCUAAUUUCUGGAAUGUUCAGCUUCUUUUUGCAUUAAAACACCUUGCAUAUUUUCAAUAUUUCAAAUUCUUCAAUGCCUAGACCACGGUUUAUGGUUUAUUGAACUAAUAUGUUGUUGCUGUAUCUGCAACACACAGCACUCUUCCUGUAAUCUGCCUUUAACUAAAUGUUGUGGGAUUUGUAGCACUGGGCAAAUGAAUUAGAGAUAUUCCCAAAUCUCCCAGCAGAUGAAUUAGUCAGUGCAGGUAAAAUACACCAAAUAGCUACCCUUUUGUAGCUUGUUAUAUGGGACCUAUACUGUUUCGAAACAGGCAUUCCACUAUCUGUUGUAAAACUGCAUUGCGACAUUAAUUGUUCUUAAUGAUUGUAAGGCAGCAGACUGCAUUCCAUGAUGUGUCUAUUUAGUACACUUUAUUUUCAUUAUACGCUGAAAGCUUUCCUACAUGGUGGGCACCAUAAAAUGUGAAUACUAGACCUUAUUCUUUUAGUUGAGAUGAAGCCUUGAAGUAUGAGUUAUGGAACAUUCUCUUAUCUAGAACAGUUUACUUUUUGUAUACUACAAUAAGUUUUACUAUUAACCAACAGAAAAGGCUUAGCCAUGGGAAGUCUGUUGUAAACCCAGAACAGAUUUUCACCCAUGCUUUUUAUCUUCAUUGCCAGAAAUGCAGAAUCAAGUUCUCUCUCUCCUUGUCAGGAUUUGAACAGAGAAAAUAUGACCUCCUUUCCCAGGCAUAGUUUUCCUGUCCUAAACCCAAGCUAUCGUAAUUUGGCUGAACUGAUUACAUCUUAAGCCGUAGUUAUGUUCUUAUACUAAAACUACAGCUAUGUUCACUAUCUGACUACAUACAUGCUGUCAGGCCCCUAAUUUCUGAUGGGACAGAAAAAUAUCCUGCAGGCAAAGAACUAGGCUGAGGAAUGACUCACUUUUGGUAUGGCUGUGCUGAUAUCUCCUCCUGAUCUUGCCAGAUAAAACACUGUCCAUCACAGCUUUUUACUACUCUUCAAAGACAUCAGAUAUGCCUGUAGUGUCUCAGUUUCAUUUGGUUAGCAGCAGUCCCUUUUUACUUGUUCACUUAGAAAUUGAUGCCUUAGUUUCUGUAAUGUUGUGCUCUUCAUUUAAUUAUCUCCCCAAGAUUGAGUAUUCUUCCUAAAACGCAUAUUUAAACCAUCUGGGAUGUGUACCUUAUAUGUAUCUCUGACAUUUAUCUGUAUCUCACUAACAAUCAUCUUAUGAAGACUGAUAUAUUUGGUAAAGUAGUUUAGGAAUCACUUAUUCCAUGGUGCUUGUGUGUGUGUGUGCGAGUGCGUGCGUGUGUGCAUGUGUGUGUGUGUGUGUGUGUGUGUGUGUGUGUGUGUGCGUGUUGGUGUGCAUGCACAAGAAAGGCAUUGUACAUGAUUUUCAGAGCUUCUGUAAGUAAUUAUUGAUCAAAAAGACGUGCAUAAAUACCUGAAAUUAUUUAUCAUUUUGUUUUAGUAUAUCUUACUUGGUUUUAUUGCAUUUACCAGAGUUUCACAGUGUUGUAUUCUAAGGCUACUGUGUCAACAGUGAUAGCAACAUUGUUAGAUAAGGACUUCACUCUGUACUUUAAGAUUGUAAAUUGUUUUUUAGCGUGAUAAUUUUAACAAGAAUACAGUGGGAGUCAUACCUGAUAUAACGUACGACUGUGAUGAAAUUUACUUUUUAGGGAAAAAUAUGCUGCGUAUUUAUUUUCAGAAAUGUUUUUGUGGAAAUAAUGUAUGUUAGGCAUAGGUAUACUAUUAAAUUAUAUAUAGAAUUAGGAUAAAAUGGUGCCCUGUAAAAUUUGUUUUCACUUGAGAAUGUCACUGACGGUCCGACAAGGAGAAUAGCAAUAACAUUAAAUCACUUUUUCAUUCA